AAAGGAAAAGUACAGUUUGGUUUGCUACCUCUCGUUGCUCCAUUGCACGGACCAAACAUUCAUAGUAAUGGCAUUCAAUGGGAAAUAUGAACUGGAAAACCAGGACAACUUUGGACCAUUUAUGAAAGCUCUUGGACUCUCGGACGAGAUGAUCGAGAAAGGCAAUGACCUCAAGAGCGUCUCUGAGAUCGUCCAGAACGGGAACCACUUCAAGAUCACGGUCACUACAGGCACCAAAGUGCUGACCAACGAGUUCAUCGUUGGCCAGGAGACCGACGUUCAAACUCCCACCGGUGCAAAGAUGAAGGCUAUAAUCAACCUUGAAGGGACCAAUAAACUUGUGUUGAAGGCGGAAAAUGUAACCUCCAUCACAGAGCUGACUGGAGAUAGGCUGGUGAAUACAAUGACAAUCGGAAACAUUGUGUACACGCGGCAGAGCAAGAAGAUCUGCUGAACUCUGACUGGUGGAUUUUUUGCGUCUUAUUUUACUGCAUUAUGUAUAAUAACAAUCCUUGCAUUUGAUAUAGUGCUUUUCACGUCUCCUCGACAUCUCAAAGCGCUUCAUAGAAUAAAUAGACUGUAAAGUGAAUUGACUGUAUAUUUGUGGGCGAAAUGUGGAGGAUGUGGAGGAAAGUGGAAAUAUGAUAUGUAAUAUUAUCAUAUUGCUCAAAGCAGUCCAUAGAGUCAAUCGUUAUCAAUGACCUUAGGAUUGGUAGAGGGUGGGAGUGGGUUGUUUGGCUUCCACAAUCACCUUUGACCACAUAUCUGGUUGAUAUGAUAAUUAUCACCAGUGCUUAUAUCACAUCUCUCAUUCUCCCACACCUCCAUCUAUGUAAUAAACCAGAGACUAAUGU